UUGUGCACAAUGUUUGUGAUUUAUACACGUUUACUUUCUUUGAUAGAUUUUGCUGUUUGGAUCAUUCAGUGUGGAAAGUGAACAGGUUAAACCCGAGUGUUUGGAGAGUUACGAUGGCUGAAUGGACUCUGAUUUGCUCUGUGCUGCUAACAGCCUGCGUCCUGCUGCAGCUUUGUGCCGCUCAAACGAGCUGCUGGGGCCGAUGUGGAGAGCCAUUCUCACGUGGGCAGAUCUGUACCUGCGAUAAUGAAUGUCUCACUCACAACGAAUGCUGCAAGGACUAUGAGAAAGUCUGUACCUCCAGUGACUCAUGCAAGGGUCGAUGCGAGGAAGCUUUCAGGAGAGGGAGGGAGUGUGAGUGUGACCCUGACUGCACCCUUUACAACUCCUGCUGUCCUGACUACAACACACACUGCGAUAUGAAUUAUACUGCACCAGAAGUUAAGAACGGCAAAAAGUCCGGAGCUUGUGCUAACGGCGAGUUCAGAUCAGCGCUCCCUCCCGGAGGCAGUGUUGUGGAGCCGGUGCCAUUCACUGAAGAUCUAGCUGCAUCUCCUGCUGAUGCUGAUCUUUACCUCCCUCUUCCUCCUGAAAAUCCUAUGGAAAAUACAGCAGCCCCUCUUCAUGCUGGAACAUCUCUUGGAGAAUCUCUUACCGAUGGAAAUGGACAAGUCCAGAUUUCUAUCUCUAUGCUUGACCAAAGUGGAGGCCCUAAUCAACCCGCUGAUGUCUCAGGGUCUUCUGCAGGAAGACCGAGCACACUGACAGACAUAGCUCAGGCUCUGGAGGCCGCUAACACAGCAGGACCUAGCCCUAACCUCUGCAAUGGCCCCCCGAUCAACAGUGUUGCUUCACCGUUCAACAGCUCCAUCAUUGUUUUCAAAGGUCAUUUCUUCUGGCUCCUGGACCCCAAGACCAGAUCAGCCGGUCCGGCACACAGUAUUACAGCAGACCUAGGCAUUCCCUCACCUAUCGACACUGCCUUCACUCGCUGCAACUGCGAGGGCAAGACCUACAUUAUCAAGGGUGAUAAUUACUGGAGCUUUCAAAAUGGUGCGAAGGAUCCAGGUUACCCCAGAUCUGUAUCUAAGGACUUUGGAGGGCUUUCUGGAAAAGUUGUUGCUGCUCUCUCUGUCCCUGCCACCAAGAACAAGCCAGAGACUAUUUACUUCUUCAGGAAAGGAGGUAUGGCGCAGAAACUCACCUACCCUCUUGGAAGUGGGCCAACCUGCACAGGGAAAAAAGGAAAGAACCCCAUGUCUGCUAAGAAUCAGCAACCAGCCAAACUUUCCGGAGAGAUCAACAUUAGCCUGAAGUGGAAGGGGUUCCCAACCCCGGUGACCUCCGCUCUCUCCAUGCCCAACUCAAAGAAACCUGAUGGGUUUGACCACUACGUCUUCUCCUGGCCCAAAGUCUUCAGCGUUAAGAUCAGCGGUGAUAAUCCUGUUCUGGCAUCUACUGCUAAGCCGUCUGCUGAAAAUGAUGUCAAAACCUGGCUCAACUGUCCUUAA